UAGAUGUUCACGAAAGGUAAUUACCGAUAUUAAUAGUUAUCCUCAUUUGUACAUGUGCGUAUCUCUGAAUUUUCCAUGUGUACCAACGACUGGGGUUUUCUACAACCAACGUUCAGACCGAAGAUCAGCAAUCAUCCAAGAAAUAAAGACCAGACUACGCUCAAGAAGCAUGUUUUUAAUAUCAUGUAUAAUCAGCAGAAAAACUUUAUUUCAGGAAAGUAUCCAUUCUCAGCCAGUAGUAAUCAACAAUUCACUUAAUUAUGAGUUGAGGAUUCUCCAGUUCAGAUCAAUAAUCAGUCAGAAUAUCAUCACGUGUUCAAUAAUUUUGAACUUUCUCAAUGUUCAGAUGUCGCCACGUAGGGAACCCGAUCAUCCGGCUCCUACUCAGGCUACAGUGGUCGCGCAGUUCCGCGACUAUCAUGCCGAAAAGUUCUCAGGGCAGGGAGAUCCUCGCAUAGUUGACGAGUGGAUUCAGGGCUUGGAGUUUAUCUUCGAGGUCAUGGAGUGCCCUGAGAGAUAUCGCGUCAUUUGCGCUCAGCUUCAGCUCACCGGUGAUGCUAGGCUCUGGUGGAACGCUUACUGGAGCAUGCGUCCCGGCGAAAAGGCGGGUUGUACGUGGGAGAUGUUCAAGGAGUUAAUUCGCGAGAAGUACUACCCCACAGACUACCGAGCCGAGAUGGAGCGUCAGUUUCUAUCGCUCCAGCAGGGUACUCGUACUGUUGACGAGUACGAGAGGGAAUUCACGAGACUUGCAGCUUUUGUUCCUGAUUUGGUCCGCACGGAGGCCCAGCGAGCGCAGCAUUUCAUUGACGGGCUUUACCCAGCA